AUGAAAAUAUCGCUCCCGGGUGGGCUUGAACCACCGACCUUAUGGUUAACAGCCAUACGCUCUAACCAACUGAGCUACGAGAGCUCGGCGUCUCGCCUUGUCGCUCUCCACCCCUUCCUCGCCCAGCCCGCCAUCGCCGCAUCCGCGCCCGCCUCCGCGCUCCGUACGCCCUCCAUCCCGCCUAUCCCUGUCCACCCGCUCUUCGCUCCCGCCGCUGCAUCUUCCCCCUGUCCCCCGCGCCAGUCAUGGCUGCUCUCAACCGUUUCCGCUCUCCGCCCCGCUCCCUCCAUCCCCUCUCCAACCGCGUCUUCCGCUCUGUCUUUUCUCUCCGCCCCAUGCGCCGCUUCCGCUUCUUCCGCCUUCCACCUCGUAGCUCGCUCCCCCUCCCGUGACUUUACACCUCCUCGUCCGCUCCCUUACCGCGACUCCGCUCCGCUUCUUUAUCCCCCGUACCGACACGCCUGUCCACAUGUCGCCUGCGAAUUCAGCAGCAGCGCGGGAAGCAACGGCGGGAGAAGCGGCGCGGCGGCGGAGGCUGGAGAUGGCGCGGGGGAGACAACCCCCAGGGGAGAUGGCGCGGGGGACACACCCCCCGGGGGAAGUAUUUUCCAGAAUAUCCGGGUGGAGCUUGUGGCGGACGGGCAGGUUGGGUUAAUUACCCUGGCACGGCCGAAAGCGCUGAACGCGCUGUCGCAGGCGGUUAUGGGGGAGGUGGUAUCUGCGCUGAAAUGGAUGGACCAGAAAGACUCGGUAGGAGCGACGGUGAUAACGGGCGAGGGGCGCGCGUUUGCAGCGGGGGCGGACAUAGCGGAGAUGGCGCCCCUCUCCUUUGCUGAUGCUCUCAAGGGGGACCUGCUUUGGCAGUGGGACGAGAUGAGACGGCUGAAGAAACCGGUCAUUGCUGCUGUCAACGGCUAUGCCCUGGGCGGCGGGUGCGAGCUUGCAAUGAUGUGUGACAUCAUCCUAGCUGGCGAGAAGGCCGUGUUCGGACAGCCGGAGGUGAAACUCGGGGUCAUUCCCGGGAUGGGCGGCACGCAGCGUCUCACUCGUGCAGUGGGCAAGUCACGAGCCAUGGAGAUGAUUCUCACUGGGGAGUUCUUUAUGGACGCAGAAGAAGCAGUGCAGGCUGGGCUUGCUAGUAGAGUGGUCCCAGGCCCACAGGAGGAGGUAGUGAAAGCAGCCAUUGCAACAGCUGCCAAGAUAGCAGCGCUGUCGCAACCAGCAGUGGCCAUGGCAAAGCAGAGCGUGAAUGCUGCCUUCAACGGGUCGCUGGCUCAAGGGUUGGCAGAGGAGCGAGCGCUCUUCCUCUCCUCGUUUGCUCUUGAUGAUCAGAAGGAAGGCAUGCAGGCGUUCCUGGAAAAGCGGCCAGCACAGUUUAAGCAUGAAUGA